CUCUCCUACACUCACUCCUCUGCAUCCAGAGCAGAAAAGCAGCUCCACGAUGUCUCUCAGUUCGACCAACUUCACCUCCUACAGCAGCAGGAGGGCCCCCAGCAUGCACGCUGGCUCCGGAGGCAGUGGGGUCGUCAUCUCCAGAGCCAGCGCCCCGAGGAGCUUCUCCUCGGCAAGCGUUGGGUUCUCCGCCGGUGGUUCUUCUUCUGUAGGCGGUGGCUUCAACCUGGCCGAUGCCGUUGACAUCACAGACAACAAGAAGGCUGCCAUGCAGAACCUCAACGACCGCCUGGCUGCCUACUUGCAGAAGGUGCGCAGCCUGGAGAAGGCCAAUGCUGACCUGGAGCUGAAGAUCAGACAUUUCCUGGAGAGCAAGUCCUCCCCAGACAGCAGAGACUACAGUGCCUACUUUGUCACCAUCCAAGACCUGCAGGGAAAGAUCCUAGACUCCACUCGCACCAAUGGAUCUAUCGGCCUGGCCAUUGAUAAUGCCAAACUGGCAGCUGAUGACUUCAGAAUCAAGUAUGAGAAUGAGCUGAACAUGCGACAGGGUGUGGAGGCGGACAUUGUUGGGUUGAGGAGAGUCCUGGAUGAUCUGACCCUGCAGAGAUCUGAUCUGGAAAUGCUGAUCGAGGGUCUGAGAGAUGAGCUAAUCCACCUCAAGAAGAACCACGAGGAGGACCUGCUGAAUCUCAGGACACAGGUGGGAGGUCAAGUGAACGUGGAGGUGGACGCUGCUCCUCAACAAGACCUGACUGCUGUAAUGUCUGAAAUAAGAGAGCACUAUGAGAAUGUUGCUGCCAAAAAGCAAAAAGACCUGGAAGCCUGGUUCCAAGCCAAGUCUGAAGAUAUCACUAAGGAGGUUGCUGUGAGCACUGAGUCCAUUCAGUCAUCACGUUCUGAGAUCACCGAGCUCAAACGCACGCUUCAGAGUCUGGAGAUAGAGCUUCAGUCGCAGCGCAGCAUGAAAUCGUCACUGGAAGCAACACUCGCCGAGACCCAGAACAGAUACAGCAUAAUGCUGGCAGGUUACCAGCAGCAGGUAACGUCUCUAGAAGCUCAACUGGUACAGCUGAAAGAUGACCUGGGGCGUCAGGCACAAGAGUACCAGAUGCUGCUGGACAUCAAGACCAGGUUGCAGCAGGAGAUUGAGGAGUACAGGAGACUGCUGGAUGGAGACGGCUCAGCCUCUUCCUCCUCCUCCUCCAAAACCACAACCACCACCACUCGUAAAGUGGUGAUUGUCACCAAAGAAAUCGUUGACGGUGAGGAGAUCCGGUCAGACGUUGUUGAGUCUUAGUGAGGAACAACAAUAUCGAUGUGAUGUCAACCGUUCUCAGACAGAUGCAAAUAAAACACUUCUGAUGAACUGA